UACUUUCUUUUCUUCAACUCUUUGGCCGCUUGGCCUUAAUUUCUUCCUCUCUCUCUCUCUAGAAAGUUUCUGAAUCUCUCUCUGAAUUCUAUGCUUCAUGGGCUCUGAAGGAUCCAGGGUGGUUGUUCCUAGGAAUUUUAGAUUAUUGGAAGAGCUCGAGAGAGGUGAAAAAGGGAUUGGCGAUGGAACUGUCAGCUAUGGCAUGGAUGAUCCAGAUGAUUUACUAAUGCAAUCUUGACUGUUCAUGAAGGGCGAAUCUACCAAUUGAAGCUAUUUUGUGGGAAGGAUUAUCCAGAUAAUCCACCCGCUGUUAGAUUCCAAAGCAGGAUAAACAUGACCUGUGUCAAUCCAGAAACUGGACUGGUUGAACGGAACCUUCUCCCAAUGCUUGCUAAAUGGCAACGGGAGUAUACAAUGGAGGAUAUAUUGACUCAAUUGAAGAAAGAAAUGACGUCGUCACAAAAUCGAAAGCUGGUUCAGCCUCCAGAAGGAAAUGAAGAGGGAAGGACGGAACAAAAGGGGCUAGUCCUGAAAUGUUGUAUUCUUUGAUUCAGAUUUUGGUGAAGCCAGAGACGUACAGGGAGCAUCAGAUUGUACUUCAAGUAGCUCCGUUUUAUAGCUUUUAACCUAGCAAUUUGGAAUUGGCAAGCUCUCAAAAAGCGAGCUUGGUUUCCUAAGUGAAUCUCAUGUGUCUUAUGCAUGGAUGGAUCUUUAAGAUGACGGAUUAUUCUGGUCUGGUCGGGUUGGGUCAGUGUAAAUGAAUUAUAAGUUUAAGUAAAAGUAUUAAAUGAUAAAUGUGCUUAGUUAAAAUAUAUCACUUUGGAUAUGGGUUCCACGAAAUGAACAAGAUUGCAUAUGUUUUUAUUUAA